CACCACCACCCUUCCAUCUCCAUCCAUUUUGGCACGACGGUUUAAUUCACGACUGCUUCUCAUUUCCUUCUUUCCUUUUUUUCCCCCCUUCUACCUUACUCACAAUGGCGGCGCCCGGCCAGCCGUCCCCCCAGCAGCUCGCUGCCAUGCAGCAGCAGUUCGCAGCAGAAGCAGCACGACGAGGAAUGACCCCCGAGGAGUUUGCCAAACAGCAACGCGAGCAGCUUAACGCUGAGGCUGCCAAGCAGGGCAUGACGACAGAGCAAUAUGUUACUCAGAUGAGAAUGCGAGCUAUGGCCGCACAGAAACAACACAUCGAAGCCCAACGACAGGCUCAAGCACAGCAGUCGGGACAGUCUCCAGCACAGCAGCCGCAACCGCAACAGCAACAGCAGAUGCACCAGGUUCCAGUGAACCCGUCGAACCCUCCGGAUCCAAAGGCGAUUGCCGUGGCGCAGUUCUUGCGAUCGCAGAAUCUGAAGUCGAGAACAUGUAUUAUGGACGGACAGCGGAAGGAUAUGUUCAAAGUGAAACGUGCUAUCCGUGCCCUUGAAUCGCCCGCUUACGCCAAAGCCGCCUCAAAGAAGAACUCCCUUCUCCCUCCUGUGACGGAUCGUGCCUCUGCAGAGAACGUCUUCAAACUUCUCCCUCUUUCCCUCCUCGCUUUGCGAGUUAACAAAGUCGACCCCCAUGCCGGCCACAACCACGCGAAGCCCAAGAACCGGGUCAAGGGACUCUGGACCGUCAAGAUUGAACAGCACCAGGAGACCGACCCGAUGAUGCACUACGUCUGGCUUUAUGAAGGACCUCAAUGGAAGCAGAAGGCUAUGGCAGCAGCUGUUGUUGCUGGAAUCUUCGCCGUCGUCCUCUUCCCUCUGUGGCCCAUGUUCAUGAGACAAGGAGUCUGGUACUUGAGUGUUGGCAUGAUGGGACUGUUGGGUCUGUUCUUCGCUAUGUCGAUCUUCCGUCUUAUUCUCUUCUGCAUCACUGUCUUUGCCGUGCCGCCUGGUCUCUGGCUCUUCCCUAACCUAUUCGAGGAUGUCGGUUUCUUUGACAGUUUCAAGCCUUUGUGGGGCUGGCAAGAGAGCAAGAAGAAGAAGAAGUCCAAGAAGGAGCCUAUCCAGGACACUCCCGCUAACGACUCGACUCCCACGGCCACUUCAACCGCAACCCCUGCCCCAGAGACUUCAGGCGCUGUUAAACGCGAUCUGGCCCCUAAGGUUGAAGAGGCGGAUGAGUAAUUCAUGCAUCAGCCACUCAGGACGACUUGUUAAUUAGUACGACUUGGUCUUUUUAUUCCUCUGCAUCAUUCCCAUCAUCGUUCUACAUCUGCAUUGUACUGUGCACCGCGUUUUCAUUUCGUUUUUCUCAUUUCCUUUGCGUUCUCAGGGUUAUUUGUUCGGGUACAUGGGCCAAAAUCAUGUUGAUACAGUGAGAGUUGGAGUAAUGAAUUUCAGUCAAAUAUUUCAGUCAGAUGUUUUGUAGUCACGAUGAUAACCGUAUAUUCCAACAUUCAGUAUCAACGGUAGGUAUCAAUAUUAAUACAACUGAAUAAGAUAGUAUAUACAAGC